AACAACAACAACAACAGAAUAAUAACAAUAUGAUCGAUAAUAAUAAUACAUCUACAAUAAAAAUUACAUCAACAGGUACAUCAUCAUCAUCAUCAUCAUCAUCUAAAAGAAAAAUGCCCAUAAAUGGUUUAGAAAUUAUAACCACAACCAUACCAUCAUCAUUACAGCAACAACAAUCAUCAUCAACAACAUCAGCAACAGGAACAUUUAUGAUUGAAUCUUUAUCGAAUCAACAACGUAAUUGGCCAUCAUCAUCAUCAUCAUCAUCAUCACCAAAAUCACCAAUUUUACCAUCAUACGAUAUGGGUGUUGAUGCACAUCAAAAUUAUUAUCAUCCAUUGCAUCAUCCACUUCCACAUCAUCAUCAUCAACAUUAUCAAUUACCGAAUCAACAUUUACCAACAACAACAUUUUUUCAAUCACCACAACAUUUAACACCGAUAAUUCCAUCGGCUCCAAAUCCGAAAGAAACAUUCAUUCAACCAUCAACACCGCCACCACCACCAAUGCUUUAUUCUUCUACACAAACAGCAAAUUCUAAUUAUGGUGGUGUUGGAUAUCAAAGUCAAAAUAUUUCAAAUCGUUCACAAGUUUUAUAUGUAUAUGAAUUACCAUAUAAUAUUCGUAAAUCAAUUUGUGAUCUUCUUGAUGCUGAUAAUUCAUGGCGUGAACUUGGUGGACGUUAUAUGGGUUUUAAUGAUACACAAUUAACAUUAAUAUCACAUGCAUUAUAUCGUAGUGCAUCACCAACAAAUGAAUUAUUAACCAAAUGGGAAUCAAGUAAUGCUAAAAUUAAACAUUUAUUUAUUUAUUUAGCACAAAUGAAACAUCAUCGUUCACUUAAAUAUUUAUUACCAUUUGUUGAUCAAAAAUUACGUUUAAUGUAUGAAACAACUAAUAAUAAUAAUAACAAUGAAAAUACUGAUAAUAACGAUGAUGUUAAUUAUCAAUCAUUUGAUCAUCAAGAAUAUAAUCGUUCAAAAUUAAAUAAUCAAUCAUCAUCGUCAACCGCAUUGUUGAACAAAAAUAUUAAACAAUCAACGAUGAAAGGUUUUGUAGGGGAAAAUUCAAAAUUUUAUCCAAAUCAAAAUCACCAAAAUCGAUUUAAAAAUAAUCCAAAUAACAAUAAUGGUAUACAAAUGGAUGAAGAACAAACAUUAAUCGAUUUACAAAAUAAUAAUACAAAAAAACCUGAAUCAAAUAAUAAUAAUAAUAAUAAUGAUAAUCAGAUAAAAUCAAAUGAAAAUGAAUAUCUAUUGAAAAUUGAUGAUUUUAAAAUUACUUAUAAAGAAUUAGUAAUUGCAACUGAUGAUUUUUCAAAUGAUAAUAUACUUGGUAGUGGUGGAUUUGGUACCGUUUAUAUUGGUGAUUGGAAAGGUACUAAAGUUGCAAUAAAAAAAUUAAAAGGAUUAGAUAAUUUAACACAAGCAUUAACCGAAUUACGAAUAUUAAAUUGUUGUCGUAUUGAUAAUAUAUUACCAUUAUAUGCUGUAUCAUUAGAUGGUCCUGAACCAUGUCUUAUAUAUCAAUAUAUGUCAAAUGGUUCAUUAGAAGAUCGUUUACUUUGUAAAGAUAAUACAAAACCAUUAACAUGGUUACAACGUUCAAGAAUUGGUGAAGGUAUUGCACGUGCAUUAAAUUUUUUACAUACAUUAAAAGGUAAUCCAUUUGUACAUGGUGAUGUUAAAAGUGCAAAUAUAUUAUUGGAUCAAAUAUUUGAACCAAAACUUGGUGAUUUUGGUUUAGCUAGGCAAGUGGCUAAAAAUAAUCGUAAUGAAAAUUCCAUUUAUACACAUUGUACAGUUAGUUCAGUAAAUGGAACAAGUGUUUAUUUACCAGCUGAAUAUUUACGACAAAAAAUUCUUAGUCCAGCUGUUGAUGUUUAUAGUUAUGGUAUUGUUAUAUUAGAAAUGGCAACCGGUAGACGUGCAUAUGAUGGUAAAAAAUUACUUAUAAAUUCUGUUGAAGAUGAAUAUAGUAAAGUACAGAAUCAAACAUUACAAAUACAAUCAAUAAAAUUGGAUAAUUGUAAUAAUUUAAAUCAAAAACAAGAUUCAUUUAAUGAAAAUCAAUUAAAAUUUUUAAUGGAUAAACGUAUUGUUAAUCAAAAUGAAGGACAAUAUUUAUUUAAUUAUCUUUUAGAACUGGGUAGAAGAUGUGCACAUAAAAUUAAAUCAAAACGUCCAAUUAUGGUUCAGAUUCUUGAAUAUUAUAAUCAAUGUAAAGCAACUGAACAAAUAUAUCAAUUAUGUGAUAAAGUAAUUAAAAAUAAAUUACAAUUAUCAACAACAACAACAAAAAAACAAUUAUCUAAAACAGAUGUAAAAAAUCCAAUCGAAUUACAAUUAUGGUAUGAUUUUGUUAGAAAAUCCUGUGGUACAUUAAGUGAAAUUGUAUUUGAAAAUUUUGAUGCACAAGUAACAAAAAUUAUUGAUGAUUUAAUAUUAACAACAAAUGAUAAUGAUGAAACAAAUGAAUCAACAUAUUAUUUAGAUUUAUUACUUUGUUCAAAUAAAAAUCGUUUAUCAAAUCGUUCAUUAAUAAUACGAUCGAAGAAUAAUAAUAAUAAUAAUCCUGAUACAACAAUUUCAACAACAACAACAACCAAAAGUAAUUGUAAAAUUGAAAAAUCGACAACAAUUUCAUCCGAAAUAUCGAUAAAUAAUCAUCAAUCAACAAAUAUAUCGAUCGACAAUAAUAGUUGUUGUUCGAUUGAUCAUCAAUCAGAAACGGAUGGUAAUGAUGAUGAAAAUUUAUCAAAAAUUUUAAAAUUAAUUAAUCUUGAUCAUAAGCAAUCGCAGCAGCAAUCGCAACAAAAUGAUGAAUCAACAAAAAAUGUUGAAAAAAAUUUGCUUAAAGUUGAUAAUCAUGGUGAUGAUCAUAAUGACGACGUUGGUGUUAAUGAUGAUCAAGAAUGUCGAAAAAAUAUAAUGAAGGAUAAUGAUGAACAACAACAAAUACAACAACAACAACAAUAUUCAACACCAUUCAUACCAUUAUUAUCGGCAUUAGGUUUUAAUACAAACGAUUUAGAUCAAUCGAUUAUUCAUUCAUAAAUAUUGUUGUAAAAAUUUGUUUUUUAUUGAAUCAAAAUAAAAA